AUGUCGUCCGGACUCCCUCCUAUCGCCUCGCUCCCCUCUCUCCCCGAGGCAGAGCGAUUCCGCGUGCUGGACACGCUCUUCGAACCCUCGCCCGAGCUUCACACCUUGAUGGCCCCCGUCCUGGCCAACCAGUCCUUCUCGUCCUAUGCCCGCCUGAUUGACGCCGUCGGGGGUCGAAUGUCCGCCCUCUCGGCCGCCAACUCCCCCACUGACCGAUCCGUCCUGCUGGGCAUCCUGGGAUCCCAUCCGCGACUGGGACGACCCAAGGCGGCUCCGGCCGAGCAUCUGAGCGAGCUGAGCAAGCAGGAACAGGCCCGCUUAAACGCGGGGACAGAGGAACUGGCGGAGAAGCUGGCGCGCUUGAAUGCCGAGUACGAGGAGAAAUUCCCGGGUCUGAGAUUCGUAACCUUUGUCAACGGGCGAAGUCGAGAGGAGAUCAUGCCGGAGAUGCGCCGGAGGAUCGAUCGCGCGGAUGCCGACCGGGAAGUCGAGGAGACCAUCCAGUCGGUGGAGUUGACCUUGUUUGAUCUGGACGCAGGCGAUGUGCGAGAUUGGCAAAGAUCGCGCGCGGAAGUUGGAAAGUUCGUCGCGGAUGUGAGCGGAUCUGCUGGCUACUCUUCCACUUCCAUGAAGUUCGAUCUACUAGAUGACGGAAUAUUAUAUUAG